AUGUUACGUUUAAUAUCGAAGUCACUUGCAUCUCUGGGCCCUGCCUCUAACAAAAGAUUUAUAGCGUCACUGUCAGCUCUACCUGAUACAUACCAAAUGUUGUACCAAACUUGUAGAGAUUUUGCGGAACAAGAAUUAAAACCCCAUGCUGCGAAAUUCGACCGUGAGCAUCUUUAUCCUGAGGAUGCCAUCAAGAAAAUGGGUGAACUGGGCCUAAUGGCUAUUGCAACUCCCGAGGAUUUGGGUGGAUCUGGCCUAGAUUAUUUAGCAUACGCUAUCGCCCUAGAAGAAAUUUCACGUGGUUGCGCCUCUGCUGGAGUUAUUAUGUCCGUCAACAACUCUUUAUACCUAGGGCCAGUGGUGUAUUUUGGCACAGACAAGCAGAAGGAAGAAUUUGUUACACCAUUUUGCAUGGGAGAAAAAGUUGGUUGUUUUGCAUUAUCUGAGCCAGGUAAUGGCUCAGAUGCUGGGGCAGCAUCAACCACAGCUAAAGAUGCUGACGACAAAUGGAUAAUCAAUGGAACAAAGUGUUGGAUAACAAACGGCUAUGAAAGUAGAGCAUCUGUUGUAUUUGCUACAACAGAUAAAAGCUUAAAACAUAAAGGUAUAUCUGCAUUUAUUGUACCUAAACCAAUAAAAGGCCUCGAGUUAGGUAAAAAAGAAGACAAGUUAGGCAUCAGAGGUUCAUCAACAUGUUCCUUAAUGUUUGAGGACUGUUCAAUUCCUAAAGAAAAUAUUUUGGGGACACCCGGAAUGGGUUUCAAGAUUGCUAUGAUGACACUUGAUGCUGGCAGAAUUGGUAUAGCCGCACAAGCUUUAGGCAUAGCACAGGCCUCAUUGGAUGUUGCAGUAGAUUAUGCUUCAAAAAGAAUAGCUUUUGGAAAGCCAAUACUUAAACUUCAAGCUAUACAGAAUAAGAUAGCUGACAUAGCAUUGCGGAUAGAGUCUGCAAGACUGUUGACAUGGAGAGCUGCAUGGUUGAAAGAUAAUAAGAAACCAUUUACAAAGGAGGCAGCUAUGGCUAAGUUGGCUGCAUCUGAAGCAGCUACAUUUGCUUCACAUCAGUGUAUUCAGGUAUUAGGUGGAAUGGGUUAUGUAUCUGACAUGCCCGCUGAAAGGCACUACAGAGAUGCAAGGAUCACAGAAAUUUAUGAAGGAACUUCUGAAAUACAGAGACUGGUGAUUGGUUUACAGGUUGCCAAAGAAUAUGGACUUUAA